AUGGCUUUACAUCAGUUUGAUUACAUCUUCGCUAUUGCGAUGAUUUUUGCAUUUUUGGAUGCUUGGAAUAUUGGUGCCAAUGAUGUUGCCAAUUCCUUCUCCACUUCGGUCUCUUCAAGAUCUUUGAAAUAUUGGCAAGCUAUGAUUUUGGCCGCCAUAAUGGAGUUCCUUGGUGCUGUUUUGGUUGGUUCAAGGGUUUCCGAUACCAUUAGAAAUAAGAUUGUUGAUGUUAGUGUUUUUAGCGAAGAACCAGCAGUUUUGAUGUUGACUAUGGCUACUGCUUUGGUCGGUUCUUCUACUUGGUUAACUUUGGCAACUUCAAUUGGUAUGCCAGUCUCUACUACCCACUCCAUUGUUGGUGCUGUUAUUGGUGCUGCAAUUGCUGCUAAAGGUGGACAAAACAUUCACUGGGGUUGGAAUGGUGUUUCACAAAUUAUUGCUUCAUGGUUUAUUGCUCCAGCAAUUGCCGGUUGUUUUGCCUCUCUUAUCUUUUUGAUUUCCAAGUUUGGUGUUUUGGAAAUUAAAAACCCUAGAACUUCUUUAAGAAACGCCAUGAUGUUGGUUCCUUGUUUGGUGUUUGCUGCAUUUUCCAUCUUGACAAUGUUGAUUGUUUGGAAAGGUUCACCAAAAUUGGGUUUGUCUGACUUGGGAACCCAAACUAUUGUUGGUGCCAUCUUUGGUACUGGUGCAGUUGCAUUUGCCGUAUACAUGUUGUUUGCUUUCCCCUAUUACAGAAGAAGAUUGGUUCAUGAAGACUGGACUUUGAAAUGGUAUGACAUCUUCAGAGGCCCAAUUUACUGGUUUAAAUCAACUGACAGCAUUCCACCAAUGCCUGAAGGACACAAAUUGACAGAAGAUUACUACAGAGGUAGAAGAUAUGAUGAAGCUGGUAAUUUGGUUGAUGAUAACGGAAGAGUUGAAUCGGAAUCAGUCGACGGCAAAUCCGAUUCUCAUGAUGAAAUCAGUCAAGAGGAUAUUGAAAAAGUCCAAUCAAUCAAUGUUCAGGACAAACAGGUUUCUGGUGCCAAACCACAAGAAAAGAAACACAAAUUCCCAAGAGGUUUCCCUAAAUACUGGGCUUUGGCUAAGGAAUCACCAAAGAACUGGCCAUUGUGUAUCUUUUUGGUUUUGACUCAUGGUGUUAGACAAGACAUUAUCUCCAACCAGGCUGGCUCCAAGGAUAUGUUAGCUGGUGACUUACACAAGAUGCACACUGCUUCCAAAUACUACGACAACAAGAUUGAAUUUAUGUACUCAUUGUUGCAAGCCAUCACUGCUUGUACUAUGUCUUUCGCCCAUGGUGCUAACGAUAUUGCCAAUGCCACAGGUCCAUUGGCCACCGUUUACUUGGUAUGGACUACUAACACCACCGCAUCAAAAGCUGAAGUUCCAGUUUGGGUCUUGUGUUACGCUGCUGCUGCUUUGUGCAUUGGUUUAUGGACUUACGGUUACAGAAUCAUGGCAAAUUUGGGUAACAAGUUGAUUUUGCAAUCUCCAGCUAGAGGUUUCUCUAUUGAAUUGGGUGCUGCUGUUACUACUGUCAUGGCUACUCAAUUGGCUAUCCCAGUCUCCACUACUCAAUCUGCUGUUGGUGCUACUGUCUUUGUUGGUUUGUGUAACAAGGAAUGGAAAACCGUCAACUGGAGAAUGGUUGCUUGGUGUUAUCUUGGGUGGAUUUUCACUUUGCCAAUGGCUGGUUUGAUUGCUGGUAUUCUCAAUGGUAUUAUCUUAUACGCCCCAUCCAAAGGUAUUGCUUACACCAUGAGUUAG